AUGUCUGAUAAUUUGGAAUUAAAUGAAUUAUUAAUUCAAAAUGUUAGUAAAUGCCCUUUGAUUCAUACAAAAAAAUCAAAAUCAUUUAAAAAUAAUAAUAGAAAAAGAAAAGCUUGGGAGGAUAUAAGACAAUCGAUUUACGCAAAGUUAGGAAUUAAUAUGACUGUUACAGAAGUAAAAAAUACUUGGAAAAAACUUAGAGAUCAAUACCAAGCUGAACGUGCAAAAAAAAAUUUGUAUAUUGCUUCUGGGUCUGGGGCUCCAGAGGAAGACUUUGAAUUUCCCUAUUUCAAAACUAUGAAUUUCUUGGAGGACACCCCACGUCAUUCUAAAACAAUAUCUAGCUAUACCAUCAAAGAAAUUGUUUGUUUGGAAAGUUCUACUGAAGAUGAAGAAGUUGAAGAAGUUAAUGAAAACGUUGGUGAAGCAGUCGAUGAAGAAAGUGAGAUUGUUACUGUAGAUUCUCCUCGAAUGAAUCGGAGAAGAAGCACUUCUUCUUUUGAAACGAUUGAAGAUAUGUGGGAAAGAGUUUUAAUGGAAAAUAAAGCUAUAUGUUUCACUGAAAUUAAAAAUUUAAUAAUAAAUAAAAAAAAAUGAAA